CAAACAUUUGUUCUAUCAAAGUUGAGAAGGGUUUUAGAUCUUUCGAUUCAUUUCUUCUAUAGAAACUUCUGUUAGAGAGAGAGAGAUGGGGAGGAGGAUAUUGAACGACGCGUUGAGAACGAUCGUGAAUGCUGAAAAGCGUGGGAAAGCUUCUGUGGAAUUGAAGCCUGUCUCUACCGUUAUGUCUUCCUUCCUCAGAAUCAUGAAGGAGAAAGGUUACAUCAAGAACUAUCAAGUCCAUGAUCCGCACAGAGUUGGAAGAAUAACUGUUGACCUUCAAGGAAGGGUUAAUGAUUGCAAAGCUCUCACUUAUCGGCAAGACCUCAAGGCUAAAGAGAUUGACCAAUACACUGAACGCACUCUUCCAACCCGCCAGUGGGGUUAUGUUGUGGUUACCACUCCUGAUGGCAUUUUGGACCAUGAAGAGGCUAUCAAGAGGAAUGUUGGUGGUCAGGUCCUAGGUUUCUUCUAUUAAAUUGCCGGCAAGAGGUUCAAUAUCUGAGAGAACGUAUCAUUUGUCUGGCUUACUUGUUUGUUACUUUGAGCAAAAUGUCAAAAAUAUAGAACAAAACUUUAAUCUGUUGUGAUAAGGUUUCCAUUGUUCUAUAAUAUCUUUAGCUUCCUA